CUUCCCCGCGCCGUCCCAGCCAUGGUGGGCAAAGCCAAGAGGCGGCGGCCGCUCCACCAGGCCGCGCCGCGGCCCAAGGCCGCGCGGCAGCCGGAGCCCCCCGGCCCCGGCGCGGGCAGCGGCGGCUGGAGCGCGCCCCCCGGCAAGGAUUGGGACUUCUCCUCGUCUGAUGUCUUUUCUGGGCUGCAAAUUGAUCCUGAUACUCUUGUGAAAAGGCUGGAUUUGGACUCCAGAAGCAUCAUUUCAUCCAGAACAGGUGUAGAAGAGAAAACAAUUCUUUCAAAAAAAGAAAAAAUGAAGCUGAGGAAAGAAAGAUGGCUACAGAAAAUAGAAAGUGUGAAACUAGCCAAGCAGAAGCAAAAAGCUGAAGCAAAGCGGAAAGCAACGCCUGUGGUGGGAGACAUGCAGCCACUGAUGGAAGCCCUACCUGAGCUCUUUGACAUGACCACAGGUGGCAGGGACAGGAAGCCAUGCAAGAGCCAUGUAAAAGCAAAGGCAGAACCAACAGACUUCUGUCUCAUGAAACCAGCUCAGAAACGCAGGCUCUUAGAAGAGGAAAUGGCUCGAUUUCAUGAGGUCAUUAUGAAUCCGAAGUACAAAGCCGACCCACUCGUGGCCAUCAGUGAGCAUCUCUCCAAGAGGCUAAGGCAGGAGGAAGAUGGUAAACCUCUCUAGGGCAUCAAUUGGGACCGAAUGUGCACACUGGAGCCAGCGCGAGGGCUCCAGGCCAUGAGCAAGCACAGCACUAACAUGGCCUCUCAGCCACUUCAGUCCUUGGAAGCAAUCCAGUAGAUUAUUAAACCCAACAGUCCUGUUUUCUGUCUGCAGGAAUAAUGCAGUUCUCUCCUGAUGGAGGCAGCUGCUCCUUGGCAAGUAGCCUGCACAGAGCAGGGUGUUCUGUGAGAUCUUUGUGCAGAAAUUAAGCUUCCUGUGAAGUGUCUUGACACCUUCUCCCUUCUUCUGAGCAGGCACAAUUUCUUAAAUUAUGCCACUAGCAAUGUGUCUGCUUUUUGUUCUCUUUACUCCUCCUUCCAACUCUUUGCUGACAGCUCUGAAAAGAGGUUCCCUGGUGCUCUGUUGCAAUUGUUCAAGACCCCAAGCCCUGGAGCCUAGAAGACUGUUGUAGACCUGUGAAAGGAUUGAUGCUGCUGUUCAUUAUUUUAUACGAAAAUUUAGCUAUGGAAUAAAUGCACUUUCACACAA